AUGACCUCCCAAGAGAGACCAAUCGACCGGGAAGAGCGACAUGGCCUGAGUGCCAUUCGCAACUUCCUGAAAGUUCGUAACAGCUACGACGUUCUCCCUCUCAGCUUCCGCCUCAUUAUCUUCGAUACCUCCCUCUCUGUCAAGGAGAGCUUGAAUAUUCUUAUACAGAAUGGCUAUACAGGCAUCGUUUCAGCCCCGUUGUGGGACUCCAAGGCUUCGAAAUUCGCUGGUCUCCUGACCACUUCCGACUACAUCAACGUCAUUCAGUAUUAUUUCCAAAACCCCGCGGCUUUGGAUCAGAUCGAUCAAUUCCGACUGGACAGCCUACGUGGUGCGUGCUAUCCUUGCUUUUGUAUUUUUGGUCUUGCUUUUUAUGAUUCGUGGCUCAAUUCUAAUCGACGCGCCUUGUUCAUAGAUGUGGAAAAGGCAUUGGGCGUCGCGCCGCCUGAGACUAUUGCGAUCGAUCCCGAGCGUCCCCUCUAUGAAGCUUGCCGCCGCAUGCUGGAAUCUCGCGCGCGUCGUAUUCCCCUCGUUACCAACGACAGCCAGACCGACCGUCCCCAUGUUCUCAGUGUUAUCACACAGUACCGCAUCUUGAAGUUUGUCGCGGUCAAUGUUCCCGAUACACAGAAGCUGCGCCGUCCACUGCGGGAGCUCUUGAUAGGCACGUACGAUAAUAUCGCCACGGCGUCGAUGGAUACGCCUGUCAUUGAUGUGAUUCAUAUUUUGGUCGAACGCAGCAUUUCCAGUGUGCCGAUCUUGAACUCUGAGGGAGUCGUUUACAAUGUGUUUGAGUCGGUCGAUGUCAUUGCGUUGAUCCGUGGAGGCGUCUAUGAUGACUUGGGUCUUACUGUGGGAGAGGUUUUGAAGAAGCGCUCACCGGACUUCCCCGGUAUUUACACCUGCUCAAUGAAUGACGGACUCGAUACCAUCUUCGAUACCAUUCGCAAGUCCCGGGUCCACCGUUUGGUAAUUGUGGAUGAACUGUUCAAGCUGAAGGGAGUUCUCACUCUCAGUGAUAUCCUUCACUACAUUCUCCUGGAAGGAGUCAAUGACGAGACAUGA